UCACGUCCUUUAAUUAAAACAUUGGUAGUUUGAAUGAUGGACAAUAACAAGCUGCACACUGUGGAUACAGACACAGUUCAAUGCAAACAUAAAGUUAUGGAUCUAAACUUGGCCGUCAAACAGACGCAACGUUUCCGGUGAACAAACAUCAGUCUGACAACACAUCGAGGGUUAUGAAGACACACGCGUGUGUGUGCACAGACGGAGGGCAGGGCCGGUGUGCUCAGCAGGAAGCGGCUUGCACGUUGCCAUGGUAACAGCGCGCCACACCCACAGAGGAAGAAAGGUAAAGGUGUCAGCUCAUAAACUACCUGUGAUCAGGUGCGUCCGGCUGUCUGCUGAAGGACCGCCAUCGGAGCUGCUGAACAACAUGGAGUCCAGAGGAGAAGAAGCAGAGGAGAAGCCAGCGACGCUCCUCGCCCAGUCAACUCCUGAUACUACUACUAGUACUACUGUUAGUACUAUCACUGAUGCUGCCAGUACUGAUACCGAUACCACUACUACUGGUACUGCUGCUAGUAGUACUUCACCUACACGCAGGACCUCUGAGGAAGUGACAGGUACUGAUUCCUCUGACACAAAGUCUCUGGCAGACGAGGAGGAAGCAGCAGAAGAAGAAGAAGAAGAAGCAGCUGGAAACAAGGAAGCUCCACCCACCUCUCUGCGUCUGUCACAACCAACAAAGAAGAAAGUCCUGGUGGCUCCGGCUCUCAGUCUGUCGUUGGGUCGCAGUGAGUCCACAGUCUCAGGCGACUUCCCCUCGACCUUCCUCUCGCCCCCCGCUGAGGACGGCGAUGACAUGUGGCUGGACCUCAACCUGGACGGCAUGGAAACGCCCUCCGACAGCGGCUCGCUGCCCUUCCCCAUCUACGACCCGCAAGAUGACAUGCGGCGUCUCGGGGUGGCGUCCCAGCGGCGCCGGCUGUCCUGGGGCCGCGGCCCCCGGUGCGGUUCUAGACUAUCGAACCAAAGUGAGCCGGGAGAUCUGGAGCGGGAGGACGAGGUGGACGAGGGGGGCACCAGGUGGCGCUGCUUCUCCGUGGGCGACCCGCCACAGGAGAGCCGGGUCAACAUGAGCGUGCUGGAGCCGUUCCUCAGGGUUCUGUCGCACGGAGGUUAUUAUGGAGACGGAAUGUACGACGUCAUCGUGUUCUCUUCCUGUUACCUGCCGCAGAACCGUCUGGAGAACUACCAGAAUGUGAUGGACCACUUGUUCAGGUACGUGGUGGGGACCCUGGACCUGAUGGUGGCAGAGAACUACGUGAUGGUGUACCUGUGUGCUGGAGGUCAGAAGGACAAGCUGCCGGGAAUCAGCUGGCUGAGGGACGGAUACACCACCAUCAACAGGAGGUUGAGGAAGAACCUGAAGGGUUUCUAUGUGGUUCAUCCAACCUGGUACAUCAAAGCACUCAUCACCAUCAUCAGACCGUUCAUCAGGUCCUCAUCUUCCUCCUCUUCUUCCUCGGGAUUAAUCAUCAGCCACUCGGGGGCCGUCCAGAUGUUUAGACUUCAUUUUUGGGCAGCUGUCAUGUCGCCCAGCCUGUUUAGUAGCAAACCCAAGAUGUAUCUUUGUUCUUCCUCCUCCUCCUCCUCCUCAGCUCUAAGUUCAGCAGGAAGCUCCAGUUCGUCGGCAGCCUUCAGGGUCUUUCUCAGCUCGUCCCCACUGAGCAUGUGCAGGUCCCGGACUGCGUCUCACUGUACGACCAGAGUCUGACCAGGUGAAGCAGGACGUCUCCUCACGUCUCCUCAAACCAUGAGGAGAAGAUAAAUGAUGUAUCGCAACCGGCCGUGACAUUUAAUCAUCUUUAAUGACCAAGUUCUAUGUUAUUAUUACUAUGUUGUAUUGUUGUGUGAGAUAAACUUUACAACGUGA